AUGGCUUCUCCAUUACCUACAACAUCAAAAAAUAGUUUGAAACAUGUUGAAUGGAUGUGGAAGUCGAAUCCAAAUCCAUGGUCUAAAUCGGAACCAGCUGUAUGGAGUCACUAUUCAGAUGUGGAAAAUCUAAUUAUCGAAGAAGCAUUCACAGACAAACAACCAUUAGCACUCUUAGAUGAGUAUUAUAUUGAUUUUCAAAAUAAUCUUCAAGUGUUCAACAGUGAUCAUAAUAAACAAAGACCUGUUAAACGAGUUGUACGUAAGAGAGAAGACAAACAUCUAAGAGAAGCACGUUUUGUAGAUCUUCCUGUUUCUUCGGGACGUUCGUUCGGUGGUCGAUAUGGUUGGAUAUCACCAUUUGUAGUCGAAGUUCGAAGAAAUUUGGGUCUUAAGAUAGAUGAAUUACCUUCGAAAAAGCCAACUAUGAUACCAAUGCUUGUUGAAAAAGCUGCUUGUGGUAUAAUUGAAGAAGGCAAAUAUCUUAAGAAAGAACGAGAAGCUGAAAAAAUGGCAAAUAUGCUUAGAGAAAAAAAGAAUCAAGACAUGAAAGAAGUAUGGAAAUGUUGUGCUUAUCUUUAUUCCUUAGAAAGUUUUCUAUACAAAACUUUGAAUGCAGCUAUGAGAUUAGUAGGAGACGAACAACACGAAAAUGUAUGGCGAAGUAAAAUUCGUACAUUAGGUCCAUUUUGUUUACUACUUUGGGAUGAUCCAAUAAAUAUAAAAGCAAAAACUAAAACAACACUUUACCGAGGAGCUGAACUGAAACCUGAACAAAUCGCUACCUAUGAAGAAAUGGCCAAAGACUCCGAUAAAUGUGGAUCAUUUCAAGCUUUUUCAUCAUGUAGUCAAAAUCGUGAAAAAGCAGAAGAAUUCGGUAAUACUUUAUUUAUCAUGGAAUUAAAGGGUGCUUUUACUGCUGAUCUUCGUGAAUUAUCUGAAUAUCCGAAUGAAGAAGAGGAGCUGAUUACACCAGGUGUUUGCUUUAAUGUUAAAAAAGUUGAAUUUGAUCGCAAGACAAACAAACAUGUGAUCUACUUACGACUUUAUCAAAACUAUGAGACAAAUACUGCAAAUUAUCAAAAUCCAUAUCCACCAUCAAAUCCAUAUCAACAACCAAAUCCUUAUCAACAACCAAAUACUUAUCAGCAACCAUAUCAACCUCAACAAGGUGGAUAUCCUCCAAAUGAUCCACAACAAGUGUAUCAACAAUAUGGUGGUGGUGGUGGUGGUUACAAUACAAAUUUUAAUCAUGAUCGUCUUCAAGCAAUAGCUAGAAAAUAUGAAAUAAAUGAUGCAUUAUUACAACGUCUAAAUAUACUUCAACAAUUUGAAAUUAUUGUACUUUGUGAUGAUUCUGGUUCAAUGAAUACACCUGUCGAUGGAACAACUGGCACUCGUUGGGAUGAAUUACGAGCUAUCGUACAAAUUGUUAUCGAUAUUGGUACCAUAUUUGAUUCGAAUGGAGUUGAUGUACAUUUUCUUAAUCGACCUCCUAUGCUCAAUGUAACUGAUCCUCGACAAGUUGUUGAAUCAUUUAGUCAACGUCCUCAAGGAUUAACACCUCUUACUCUUGCUUUACGACGAAUUUUUCAAUCAGCAGCAAGUAAACCUGGUAGUAACAAACGUUUACUAGUUUUUAUAGCUACAGAUGGAGCACCAACGGAUAAUCAUGGUAAUGUUGAUAUACAAAGUUUAGAAAAUUUAAUGCGACAUGAACGUCAAUCAAAUACUACGUAUGUAACGUUUCUUGCUUGUACUGAUGAUGAAGCAAGUGUAGAUUAUUUAUCUCAAUGGGAUCGUACAAUGAUGAAUGUUGAUGUUGUUGAUGAUUAUAAAUCAGAACGAGAAGAAGUACGUCGAACAAAAGGAUUCAAUUAUCCAUUUUCAUUUGGUGAUUAUGUUGUUAAAGCAUUAAUUGGUGCUGUUGAUCCACAGAUGGAUGCUCUUGAUGAAUAUACAAAUAUUAAUAAACGUUGGUAG